GCAGAAUUUCACAACAUAUGUAGCCAUGCAAUGUCUAUUAUAAUAGUACUGCUGACUGCAUCACACUGCUUGGUCACGUGACACUUACCAGCGUGACCAGCUUGAUACUGCUGGUAAGGAUUACAGCUAGAAGCAAUGUCAUCGCCGGCCUCAAAGGAGAUCAGGACUAUGAAAGAUUUCUUAAAUGAAACAGAAAUUAACCUGCUAGAAUGCAAGGUUUGCUUUGAAAAGUUCAGCCAGCAGCAGAGGCAUAGGCCCAGAAACCUCCCUUGUGGACAUGUUAUAUGCCAGGAAUGCGUUUCUUCUCUCUGUCCUCCUGGGAAUCCGAGAUUAGAGUGUCCUUUCUGCCGUAAGCCUUGUAGAAUAUUGGAGACUAGUGUCUGCUUACCUAUUCUUCAUGUGAUCGAGCUUAUUGGUCGUGUGGUUCUUGAUAAUGUGGAGCAUGGAUCAUCAGCAAAUGCAAGUCAUCAAGUAAAAAAGCUAAAGUCAGCAAGCUUUAACCUUACCAAGUCAUUUGGGGGUUGGGGCAUACUUUUCAAUCCAACGGGCAUAGCAAUUUGCAAGAAAACGGGUUAUCUAGUAGUGUCUCAUGAUGGGACCAAAAGAAUUAGCAUAUUUACCAUGAAUGGAACAUGCAUUCAAAAAAUAGGGACAAAGUCGGAUUCAGCUAAUGGAAUAGUUUACCCAAGUGAUGUGGCUGUAACAUUGGAUGGAUACAUUGUCGUAGCCGAUACAGGAGAUCACUCCGUUAAAGUAUUCAGUCAAUCUGGACAACGUCUCUUGGUUCUUAAGCAACCUUUUUGUUUGCCGUGGGGUUUGGGUAUCAACCCAGAAAAUGAGGUAAUAGUUUCGGACCCAGAUGCAGGAAAUCUUAUUCUUGUAUCUGCUGAUUUUAAACAAGGUAAAGUCAAGAAGGUUUUAAAUGUUUGUUCACAUUUAGAUCAUCCAAGAGAAGUUGCGGUUUGUCCCACAAGUGGAACUGUUGUCGUGGUUGAACAUGUAACAAAAAUCAGCAAAAAUCCCAGCAGAACCCAGAUAAAAAUAUUUAAUAAUGGGAUGAAGCUCAUAAGACAAAUUGACAGUUUUGGUUUAAGCUUAUAUCUUCCUUUACCAGUGCACACAACUGGGGUGGCUUUUGAUCAACAGGGUAACAUCUUGAUAGCCGAUAUCAAUAACAGAUGUAUCAUUUGUGUGGACAAAAUGGAAGAACGGAAUUUCUUAAAGCAUGUGGUCGCUAGUUGCCUCUCUUACCCUGUGGCAUUAGCCCUAUUACCCGACAAUUCCAUUGCAGUAUUAGACAGUGGGAAUAAUUCUGUAAUUGUUUAUAGUCCGUAGAAUGGUGUUGUGGUUUAGUGCAUAUAUAUCAUAUUCUGACUCUGUUAAAUUAAAGGGACACUAUAGUCACCAGAACAACUACAGCUUAAUGUAGUUGCUUUCGUGAGUAUAAUCAUUAUAUGCAGGCAUUUUCACGCAAACGCUGCCUUUUCUCUGAUGGCCACUGGAGGUGCUUCUUGGCUCAGUACUGCACAGUAGGCAGCACUGCCGUUCAGCGUCUUCAUGGGAAAGCAUUGGAUUGGCUAAAAAAUCUGCAAUUCUGAUUAUGUCACCAAGGGGCUGGGCCAGUGCCGGCAAGCCCGCAUGGCUCUGAAAAUAAGGUGAGUUGUACAUGCUUUUAAGGGGAUGCAAGGGGGGGACGACAAGCCACCUUAAUGGUGGGUUUUGCACUAUUGGGCCAGGAAUACAUGUUUGUGUUCCUGACCCUAUAGUGUUUCUUUAACCUCAAUAGAUUACUGGGGAAGAAAAGACCCUUUUCAGUCCCCCACUUGGUAAAAGAAGUGAAGGUUGUGAAGUGCAACCGCACAUGCAUGUUUAAGCAAUCUCCACACAUACACAACUACAAAAUAUUAGUUCUGUCAAUAGGAAUUUGUCCACUCUUACCCGGCUCUUGAAACAUUUCCCAGGGUAAAGUGUACAGUUGAUUAAUUAUACACUCAGCUAAACUGCAACUUUUGGUGAUUGUGUCCACCAUGUUCCCAACAUGCCCCAUGGUUGAGUGCUUGGGGCUUCAUAUUCCCAUAAUACCAUGCCUGCAUUUUCGUUCACAACCAAAAGAGAAAUCAUGGAAGAUAUACAUUUUUUAUAGGAUGUCAGACAGUGCCAUCAGAGUUUCAAAUUUGACACUAGUGUUUUAUUUAUUUAAUUCAAAGAUAUUUAUUUUCAUGAGCACAACUGAUGGAUAACGCUGUUGGAAACAGCUACUUGCAUAAGGUGUAAUAAUACUGCCUCUAAAUCAAAAUGGGCAGAGAUUUUGUCUAUACGUUUUCGUAUGAAUUUAUUUUCAAAGUAGGAACUUGCGCACCUUCUACAGAAAUAACAGCUCUAAAAUAGUUCGCAUUGGUCAACUUCUAAAAUAUAUAUAUUCUAUUUCAGUAGUGCCAAGACAAAGUCCUUUGGAGAAAACUGAUAGAAUACUGUUAUUUACUGUAAUGCUUAUUAACAGCAAUAAAGCAAAUGUACAAA